GAACUCUCAGCUGCGGCGGGGCAGCCACCUCCAAGGGUACCUACGUACCAACCUUACCUAUCGUCCCAGCUUAUUGUUAGAGCCAUAUUGCUUGAACACUGCGUUAUACCCACCAAGAAGAGGGUAGACCUGCCCAUAACAUUCUUGCCACCUUUUGGUUCCUGAAUUCAGAUCCUUUAUUUCUAACAUCAUCACUUUUUGGUAUUUUAUUGACUUUCCGGAGGUGAUCUCUGUUCACGUCACCGAGCAUAAACCCCACCGAGGCCGAGCACUCUCCUGGAUAACAACUUUCGAUAACCACCGUGAACAACCAUGUCGAGUCCAAGGGAGCGUCGUAUUCUGAAAGAACUGGCUGAUAUUGAGGCCGACAGAGACAAGUCGGGUGUCUAUGCCCAGCCCGUUAGUGAACAAAAUGUGCUGCACCUCAAGGGCACCAUUACCGGCCCCCCCGAUACACCUUAUGCCGGCGGCCGCUACAUCGUUGACAUUGUCAUUCCGGGAAACUACCCUUUCAAGUCUCCGAUAAUGAAGUUCGAGACGAAAGUUUGGCAUCCCAACGUUAGCAGUCAAACUGGCGCUAUUUGUCUCGACACCCUCGGCACCGGGUGGUCCCCCGUCCAGACCGUGAAGACGGCCCUGCUCUCCCUUCGCAUGCUUCUCGAGUUCCCCAACCCUAAAGAUCCGCAAGAUGCCGAAGUGGCCAAGAUGAUGAUGUCGCGCCCCGAAGACUUCGCGCAGAAGGCGCACGAAUGGGCCGUCGUCCACGCGUCUGCGCCUCCUAAUCCAUCGCUUGACAAAAGUCGCUACCGUCGUGACUGCAGCCCAGAGAAGGCAGCCAUCGAUGAGAGCCGAUACCAAGGCUACAAUAGGGAUCUUGUGGAGCGAUUUGCCAGCAUGGGGUUCGAAGUCGAAACCGUCGUGGACGCUUUCAACUACGUCGGCAUAGAUCGCAACAACGGACAGGACUACGAGCUCGAGGAAGCUUACAUUGGCGACAUUACCGCCCGUCUUUUUAACGAGCACUAGCUUCUCCUCGAAUCACCCUGUUUUGACAAGCAGCAUUAGGCGAGCUGCGGGUUGGGCAAAUGGGAUUGUCCCAGAUGGGACGGGAUUUCUAUUAACAUGCAUUGCGUCGGAAGGGAAACGUGGUAAGGAAACUGGGCGUGUCGUUUUUCUGUUCUUUCUAUUGCCAUUUUCUCGUUCGGUAUUUAUUUUCCCCCGCUUUUUCUUCUAUGGCGUUUAGGGGGUAGGUAAUAUGAUUCUCGUAAACUCAUGCU